AUGUCACAAGAUAUUUCCACCGCCUUGGAGCUCCUUGUUGGCAAGACAAUUCUCAACAACCUUGACGAAAGAGGUGACGGAAAGGCCUGGCUCUAUCUUUUUCAAAAGGUCUUCCCAUUGGUGCUGGAUGAGAAGGAUAAAUACAUUAAAAGCUCGGGCGAGAAGAUGAGCAGAAGAACUGGAACUGACACAGCAGCACGGCUAGAAAAGGCAGCAGGUUUCGUCCGUUGGCUGACAGAACGAAGUGUUCCCAACUUGAAUCGGCGAGUCAUAAAGCCACUGAUCUCUCACUUGACGCAAAUGCUGGUUCAUAAUGGGAACGUAUUCCUUCCGGUUGCCCUUUCAUACGUCAAAGCCCUUCGGACUAUAGCGGAAUUUCGACCGCAUAUGGAUCACCUUGAUAUCGAUACGUGGUCACAUCUUAUGGCAAUUUCAUUUGCUGCCGUGCUAGGCACUCAACUUCUCAAUACAUUCGAUUCCGGUAUCAAUGGAGGGUCAGACGAAGAGGUCGAGGAUGUUAUCAGCCCUCGUAGGAAACGUCAAAGAAUCAUGUCUCCACCAGCAGGCUCCGGUCCCCACCUGAAAUCCACCCGAUUGGACCAAAUUGAGUUUGUAGCCUUAAUCCGAGCACUCCUAGCGCACCCCAACGCUUCGUUUAUGAUGACCUCUAUACCUGGUGCCCCACAAGCUAUUUUGACUCCUUUAGCCAAUACUUCAUCCAACAUCCUUCGGAAGGCACCGCCCACCAGGACGCGAUAG